CGGGCAGGCGACGAGCAAAAGCGGCAGAGCACGGUCACGCUUGCGUGUGUUGCCAUCGAUCCGUGGAACUUCGCGUUGAUACCCUUCGGCAGCCGUCGCGGCGAACCGCCUCGCCAUGCAACCCCCGCCGAGAAAGAGUAACUACACGAAGUUUCUGAAAAAUCUGCACUCUGAACAAAUCGCGAAACUUCACGCUAAGAACCAACAUGAGUGCGAUUUGCUUGAAGAUCUCCGCACCUACACCAUCAAGCGGUCGGCCAUAGAAAAAUCAUAUUCGGAGGCUCUAUUGAAAAUAUCUUCUGCAUACCUGAACAAGAAGAUACCGAAUAUACCUGAUAUUAAAGUUGAUGGAGCUGAAGAAAAAUGGAAUAUGUGGAAUGUCUGGCGAACUGUUUUGGAAGAAAACGAGAAGCUAGCUCGCGCCCGCCUUGCCGCGGUAGAGGUUUUUCAACAACAAAUCGCCGAUGAAGCAAAAGUGUUACGCCAGCAUAAGAUGAAUGUUGCUAAAAAGAGCACAGAUUUGUUGGCACAAGCCCACAAAGAACUUCAGCUCACUGUUCUGGAUGUAGAUAAAACCAAAAAGCUUUACUUUGAUGAGGAACACACAGCUCACGAUGUGAGAGAUAAAGCUAAAGACAUAGAGGAAAAGCUGAAAAAGAAAAAGGGAUCUUUCUUUCAAUCCAUAACAUCGUUGCAAAAAAACAGUGCAAAAGUCUCUUCACGGCGGGACCAACUUGAGGAAAAAUCAACGGGCGCAAGGAAUGAUUAUCUUUUGAGCAUUGCUGCAGCCAACGCUCAUCAGAAUCGUUAUUUUUUGGUGGAACUGCAAUCAUGCAUGCAAAGCAUGGAAGCUGCCGUAUACGAGAAGGUAUCAGAUUUUCUGACCUUAAUGGGUCGUACAGAGCUGCUUACCUGCUCAGCCACUCAACAUUCUUUCGGGAAAAUACGGGAUCAAGCACAACAACUCACCAGGGAGUACAAUUUACAAUGCCUUUAUUUGUACUAUCCAGUUUUGAAACAACACAUUCAGUAUGAGUUUGAACCCUGCGACAAUGAUCCUAUUGAUACGGUUACAAUGGAGCAUGAAACCGUUGCACAAACUUUGGCUCAAGAAGCUCGUCGUUGGGCUACUAGAGUGGUACGAGAAACAGCCCUUGUAAGAGAUGCUACAAGAAAAUUGCAUUUGUAUCAAGCUAUGAGAGAUGCUGGACAAAAGGUUGAUCCGAAUGACCCAAAUGGUCCAGAGUUAGAGGUCCGAAUGGAUGAACUUCGCACAAACAUACGACGCUCAGAAACAUCUAAGGCUAAAUACGAGGCUAGAUUAGAGUGCCUCCGAACAGGAGGUGCUCCUGUCGAUGAAUGGCUAAAGGAAGUUGAUUUGUUGGCUGUUCAAGAAACAUUGCCCCGAAGCAGCAGUCUCGUCAGCGUCAGAACCGAUGCUUCUGGUGCAGCUGACCAACCCAGUUCAGAUUCAUUUUACGAUAGCGAUAACACUGAAGGUGAAGCUGCCACAACUUCAGCUGUCGCGACUACGUCUGGACAUCAACGAACCACUUCUGGUUCUCAACAUGAAGACGAACAUGAGGACGAUGAAGAUGCGGAAUUAGAAGAAGAUCGUAUGCGUAUAGAACAACUCACAGUCGGCUGGGAUGAUCCAACUCAAGUCAACUGGGGUGAGCCGGAGCCUGAUACAACAGCACCUCCAGCUGAGACGAUCGAGCCACCAGCGGCCCCUCUUUACAAAUGUACUGCUUUGUACUCAUACACGGCCCAAAAUCCAGAUGAAUUAUCAAUCAUUGAAAAUGAGCAAUUAGAAGUCGUUGGAGAAGGUGAUGGAGAUGGUUGGCUUCGCGCUCGUAACUAUCGUGGUGAGGAGGGCUACGUUCCACACAACUAUUUGGAUAUUGAUAGAGAACAAGCUUCAAGCGCUCCGGGUCUGGUAACACAGAUAUCUUUCUCCUCUGUGGACUACACAGUAGAAGGUGAAGAUGCUGACGUAGUACAAUCUCCAGACCAAAUAUCUGUAAUUUCAGCACCAGCCGCAAAGCCUGAAGAACAAAAGAUUGAACAACAACAGAAACCUGUUCAAGCUAAGGAAUUAUCGCUACCAACUCUCGGUUAUUGCUUUGCGCUUUAUGAUUAUGAUGCCGAAGCUUCAGAUGAACUCAAUCUUGAAGAAGGACAGAUUAUCCGUAUCGUUUCUCGCGAUGCACAUGGUGUUGACGAUGGAUGGUGGCGUGGUGAAGUUAAUGGCGUUAUAGGAAACUUCCCAUCUUUGAUAGUCGAGGAAUGUGAUGAAAAUGGAGAACCAUUAAGCGGUGCGGACGAAGACUGGACUCCGCCGGAUUCUGCCCCCCCAGUAUUUUCUUCUCCUCCUGGAUCCCCAGGUGGUGGCUUUAAUGACGACCAGGUCGUGAAUGAAAACAACAAUGUAAAAAGUGCUGCGCCUCCUGCUGAUCCACCACCACCGCCACCAGCAGGCAUGGGCGACUCUAUGGACAGUCAACCAGAUUUCAGCUUUAAUCUAGAACUAAGUAGGAAUCAGCAUGAGCAGUACGACACACAAUUUUCGCCCCAGCAAGCUGUCGCUCCUGCUAUAAUCGUCGAUGAGGUUCUGGGUGAAAAUAUUGAAGACGAGGAAGAGGAGAUACCCCCCGCCCCGCAAUCGAAGCCGCCGCCGCCAAAAGUUGAACUACCCGCCGAAGAUUGCGGCCUGGGCGUGGCUCAAAUAGUAAUCACUGCCGCCACCCCUAUGGUAGAGGAGCCCGACCAACCAUUUCCACCUACGGAGCCGGAGCCAGACCAACCAGAGCAACAGCCUGAGGAGCCUGAACGCCAGGAAGAGAACGAUGACGAAGAAUCUUCUCUUUCUGAACAGACCGCCGUGUGCUUGCGUGAAACUGAUGAAGGCCAUGCCGACUCCGCUCCGCAUCCUGCCUCGAGCUCAACGGCGUCCGAAGGCGAAUCGACUGGUGCAUCCGUGGCCUCUGGACCCCCGACCGCUCCCCAAUCCCCGCCCUCCGCGCCCCGCGCCGGUCGCGCCUCCAUCCCCGACGAGCUGGAACCGGCGCAACUAGCGAGGCUCACUGAUCUCAAAGAAUCUAAUGCUUAACUUAAAUGAUCGCUAUUUUAACAAUAUUCAAAACUUUGUAAUACGUUUUCUACGCGUUUUAGUGAACGCAGCGUCUGUCGCAAUCGCUGUAGACGAUCGGACUCUAUCCGCAGGCGACGACGUUGACUGAUAUUUAUUGACAUCUAACUAUAGAUACUAAUUGCAAUAUUUACUGUAAAAACAGACUGCUUCUGAUCGUCUACACAAUAAGACCGUUUCUCACGUUAUUAUAUACACAGUACCGAAUGAAAUAAAAAGAUUACCCAUACAGUGACGCACUGAGACGCACGACCCUGCAUCUGUCCGCAAUAAUACCUUCUAACUUGGCCUAACUUUAUCUAUUUAAGAUCAUACACAGUUUGGUUCACCAUUAGGUAACGAUUUAUUUGCAUUCGGUACCUUUUAUUUUAAUUAUUGUCCAGUUCAAUUAAAUUCAUACAAUUAUAUUAUAAAGGUUAUUGUUUAACGUUGUUAUUUGGCAGAUUGCGAAAGUUGCGAUUAGUUAAUUGAUAAUGUAUAAUACCAAUUAUAAUAAUAACAAAGUGUUUUAACUUUAUGAAAAUCCGCCUUUAAUUAUGUGAGUAUUUAAAAAAUGUGGAUUGAAUAUCUUUAUACAAUCCACCAUUGAAAAUGUAUACUUUAAAAAUUACUCACAAAUGUUUUCAAUUGAACAGUUUUUGGGGUAAUAAUUCCAAAGCCAUUGAUCGAUUCGAAUGAAACAUAGUUCGACAAAUAAAUAUUUUAGUCAAUAGUACCUGACCAGAACCGUAAGCCUUAGAACCCUUUUUUAAAUUUUGUAUUAAAUUGCUAUAAUUUAUAUUAGGGAAACCUGUUCAUGUUGACUAUAAAAGAUGAUUACUAUAAGAAUUUCUAUAAGGCUCUUAACAGCUUUAAAUUUGCAUUUUUGAUGGAGUGGGAAGCGGUCGUGAUAUGUAGAGAUGUGUAUAUACUUAGUUGAUAAAAUUAUAUAAUAUUAUGUAUCUAACUACUUCGUAACUAGUAAAAUUUUGCUGUAACACAAUUUAGACCCUUGAUUAGUAUUACGAGUAGGACAAAUACAUGUUGGUCAUAAUGUUUUGUUUGGAUAUCUAACAAUGUUGGUAAAUCGAUAACAGUAUUAAAAAUAUGUUGAGUCAUUUUAAGGUAUACUUUUAGAAUGUUUAUGUAUAUUUUUUUAUUAUUUUAGUGAUUAAGUUAGAAAUAGAACAAUAUGUUAGAAUUUAUUUACAAAAUAGCCCGAUUACUCAUUAGUUUAAUUUGUCGUUAGUUUCCGUCUUGUACUACAUGAAUAACUUGAUGAUUAAGAUAAGGUACCUAUGAUUUUAGUUCAGUUAAUGAAAAUUAAAUGCCAACCAUGACAGAUACGUGCGUAUGUACGCAUAAUAAGUGAAAUAAAUUCUUGCGUUACUCAGUAAAACUAAAUUUUAGAAAAUUAUUAAAUUUCAUUUACGUACUCCAAGACCAACAUGUGCGUUUAGCGUUAACUGUCUUUUGACGUCUCAAAACAUAAAAUGUAAACAGGUCUGGCUACUUAUUCAAAUUAAAUACAUUUGAAACUGAAUAGCUUUCUGCUUUUGUCGUUUGGUACUCCCAUAAUUAGGUACAACAGACCUAUUGAUUUGAGACGUCUUGGGCGAAAAAGUUAGAAUGAUACAGGGUGUUACUACCUUCUCGUUUUUAUCAUCUUUCAUACUUUCUCUUUUUAUGUAUCAUUAUAUUUAGCUAUAGGUAAACAUCGUUGAUUAUAAUAUCCAUUAAAUUUUGUUAAACUUUAAAACAGAUAACAGUCUUACGACCACGGUUAACCUUAUUAGGUAAAUGGUUUAUGGUACAGGACAUUUUAUGAUGAUGCAGCACUCAUGCAGGCUAAUAAGUCCCUUGGUUACUAGAAGGACUAUUUUGUCUUUACACAUUUUUACGAUAUUCCACAUAAUUAAUACUUUCACAUGGCGCCUAAGUAUCUUAGUUAAUAAUUAAACUCGUACUAAGGAGUAUAUUAUUUAUCUACGAAUUUUCGGUCAAAUAUCAGCUUUUUAAAUAAAUAUAAUGAGCAAUUAAUACCUUAGCGUACCUAGCGUUGCCAGAUAUUUUUAUAAGUUGUAAUUUUGAAAAAUUGUGUGGACGAAGCGGGAUUGUUUUGCCGAAAUCGCCUUUUUCGUAAUUCUGCUUUCAUAACAUUUAUGAAGCGCUUAUUUCUCCCAUUCGACUGUUUCAAAUUAAUCAACACACAGUUCGCAUGGCCAGUCUACUAAUUAUCUGUGCAUCCCAGCCACACUUCCUCAGCAACACACAGUCAAGUUAAACCCCGAAAAGCAGCAGGAGCCUUUCCCGCGCGGGACAUUUAAUUUUGAUUUGAAAAUCGGGACAUCUGGCAACGUCGAUACCGAUAUAUAUAUACCUAUAACAACAAUUUGUUGAUGACGAUAUUUAUAUUAAAUAUUUAUGUAACAUCCUUACAACGAUAUAAACAUAUUUAACAAAUCAAUGUUUGCAGUUUUAUGAAUGUAGUUGUUUGUUAGUUGUUACUUAGAUUCAAUGUGUUAAAAUUAGUCAAAUUUUAAUGUUAGUUAUUAAAACGUACCAACUUUCUGUAGAGUAUUAGAACAGUGUCAAAUAUAACAUAAUAUUAAUAUGUAUAAUUUUUAAUUCGCACAUUAUAAUGUAUUCACUGUUAAUCGUGUACUUACUUGGAAUCAGAUGUAAUCUGCCUACAGGACGGUGGUACUCGCCUAUACAAAUCACUGUUCUAUACAGCAUUGUAGGUUUUGUAAACCAACAAACGUAAUAAAUACAAUAUAUAAGUGGUCAAAUUAACGGCAUACUAAUUAAAAAACAUACUUAUAGGGUAAGUCAAGUAAUAGCUUUAUGUUUUCCACGUAAUAUAAAAAAAUAUACCCUAAUUAAGUUGGUUGGUGACAAAAUUUAUGAUAGAUGUUGAUGUUAUAUUAAAGGAAAUUCAGUAUCAGAUUUAUCGAUAACCAGUUUUAUACGAAGCUAAAUUCACACUGAAACAUCUUGAAGGACUGUAGCACUCUGUACACUAUCAUUGUUAAUAUACAGAUAUUUGUCAGAUAAAUUACACUAAAUAAAUGUUCGUGAUACAUAUGUUGCAAUAUUCUUAGCGUUUACUGUUUACUGUGUCUAAGUGUUGCUUUUCUUUAGAAGAACCAAUUAAUAUUUAGAUCAUACUAGCCUGAGUGCUGGCCAACGACAUUCUGCGGAAUUAUAAUUAUAUACAGAAAAUGCGCACUCA